UCUCUCUCUCUCUCUAAUGAAGCGUUAUGUUGCCGUAGAUGGAGGGCAGUGGCAGUGGCUGUGGUAGUACCACCCCCGACCAAAACAACAAGGAUUACUACCGAAUUUUGGAGGUUGAUUAUGAUGCAACUGAUGAGAACAUCAGGCUAAAUUACCGAAGACUUGCUCUGAAGUGGCAUCCUGAUAAGCACAACGGUGGCGCUCACGUUACAGCAAAGUUUCAAGAGAUUAACGAAGCUUACGAAGUGUUGAGUGAUCCUGCUAAGCGACUUGACUAUGAUCUAACUGGCAUAUGUGAGAUUGAUAAGUAUACUUUACCGGAAUAUCUUGGCAGAUUUAGAGGAAUGAUACUUACAUGCAAUGGCCUGGGUAUUAGUCAUGCAUCAACACGGCCACAAUUGGUGGAAACCGAUGUAUUAGCAGAGAAAUCAGCCUAAUAUCUAAUAAGGAUCAUCAAAACUCAAAAGGCUCACAUGAAUGCAACAUAUGAACCCUAUCAAGUUAGAUACCGACAAUUGGAUGUUGGCUUGAUUGGCUACAAACAAAAUUUGAAGAAAAAACCUUGAGUUGUAAGUAUUAAUCUGGUUUGGUUUCUCUCAAGUCUCAAUGAUUGAUGAGGAGUUCUUUGGGGAGCCUAUCAAAGUGUCCGCGAGUGGUUCCAUCAAACUCGUUUGUCUGAGCCAAUGCGUGAGCAGAGACGGUGUCUGGCAGGUUGAUGAGAAAGGUGUUGAGAAGGGCAUUUGUCUUGCUUGAUCCGGUUCUCAUCAGUUUCCCCAGAAUUAGGUGUGGUUCAAAUCCCCCCCUCUAAGGUCCCUUUGUGAACACCAGGCAUUUGCCGCCUUCUGCUUGUGCACCCUGCACCUUCACUGUGAAUUAUCUUCAAGUGACUUGUGAUUGAUCAGAUUAGUCAAAUCUCCUCCAGAUCUUGUUUCUGUAAUUCUUUAUGUAUAUUCUUUUCAUUGUUCUCAACUCUCAGCUCUCUUAAAAAUAAACCUCCGAGUCACUUAGAGAACGAGAUGAACAAACCAUUGCUAUUGUUGAUUGGAUUCUGGCAUACAUGACUAUAGAAAAUCGCUUCAUUUGCCUCUCC